AUGAUGACUGAGGACGCAGGUUUUCCGGGCGGCCUUUACUCGCAUGACUUUUACGAUGCCAUGGGCGCGGCCUGCAGCCAUGAGGAAAGGUUCCCCUCCGACUUGACUGACAGCGACUACGUCGCGCCCGAUCUUUACGGUUCCAAUGAGGAGUUUGCCUCUCCCAUGGACUUUUCGGACAUUCUCGAGACGGGGCAGGAUUUCAAGAAUGAGCCCGACGACUUUGGCGCACGCAGCUGGUCCUGGACGGGCCAGUCAAGCGGCCAUGGCAGCGCCGGUUCCGCACAGGACCAAGUCCACAUGCCAGGCCAUCUUCAGAGUCACCAGUUCUUUUCUUUUCAACAACAACAACAGCAGCAGCAAACGCUUGAGCCCAUCUUCCCGGGCCAAAUCACACCUCCUCCUACACAUCAGCCACAGCAACAGCGCGUCUGCAAACAAGAAUAUAUACCAGGCCAAGCUCCUGCAAGCCACUCCUACAGCCACCCUGCUACCCUCAACAGCGUCAUUGUGCCUCAGUUCAACUCUCAAUUUAGCGGCCUGCCAGUCAUCACCCCCCAGGUCCCCGUGCCCGCUGCAGCAGCAGCACCGCCGUCGCCAGCCUCGCCAGUCCGGCGCAGACGGCCCUCGUCAUAUCCCUCUUCCUCUCUCUCGCCGCGUCCCGCUGGCGGCAGGGUCUCCAAGCCCAGGAAGCGCAUCAUCAAGCAGCAGUCAAGCAGCCGCAAGGUCGACAUGACGCCUCGUCAGCAGGAGCUCAUCGAGCUCGUCAAUGCGCAGGGCACGGGCGUGUUCCAGCAGCACAUUCCGUCCGCCGAGGUGGCGGCCGCCAACCACGCGGAGCUGAUGCGCGCGCACUCGAGGAAGCCCGAGGACUGCACCACGCCGGCCACGGACCGGACGUUUCCGGCCACCGAUGCCGAGAAGCUGCGCUACGUGCGCGACAUGUUUGAGGCCGUCUGGGACUGGUCAGACUACAGCGAGAUGGCCAAGACGCUGGGCGCGGAGAGCAUGAGGCUGUGGCAAGAGGCCCUGAGUCUCCCGCCCGACGAUCCGAGGAAAGCAGCACUGUUGGAAAAUAUCCCCUCGCGCGCAUGGCAGCAGAAGAAGGUCCUGAGCCGCGUGCUCUCCGACUACGUUGUCGAGGAGAUUUGCUGGCGGUUACUUAAAUUCGCCCAAGAUGCCCAGCAGGGCAUCCCGACCGUCGACUACUGGUCCGGCGCGGACGGGGCCUAG